UGUGUGUAUUGAUGAUGAGUAACGGACAACCUAAGGUUAGGAACGGGAACUUCAGUAAUGAGGUCAAGGACAAUGGAAAACCAUUUUGUGCUUAAAAGGAUAAUCUAAAGUUCAUGGAUGAAAACUGAUCUGAUCAACCUGUAACCGGGAAGAAAGUACAUGAUACAUUCAAGGUUAAGGUAUAGGAGGAUCAACAAGAGGACAAGUGGGGUCAAGCAACUGACUUAAAAGUCAAUAAACGGCCAAACAACAGGAAUAUGAGCCAAGAACAUACAGGAACUGACUGAUUCACUCUCAAGAUGAUGAUGAUAAAGCUGAUACCCUGAAUGGGCAAGCCAAGGAGCAAGAAGUAUAGUGGGCAAGAAGAGGGAGAAAAGGGGAAAUCUGUUUUGAUUUCGAUUCAAAAUGAGGUUAAAAAAACUAGCCUGGAGUCAUCUUGAUCGGAGAAAAAUUAGGAAACAUUGACAAAACCUGUAUACAAGAGUAGUGACUAUCAUCAUUGGUUUCCAGUUUAAAGUAACAAGUCGUCAGAAGAUUUAACAAAAACAAAAUCUAUUUAACAAUAGUUACAAGAUAUUUUCAACACUCAACUAAAUUUCAAUUUUGUGUUGUCCUUUACUUAUCCAUGAUAGUGUCUUUAUCAGUGAAUAAUGACGGUUGUUCCAGUGCAUUUAAGUUAUCCAGAGGAAACUUUAAAAAGCGUUCGCUCAAAGCUGGUAGAAAAGUUGUCCAAUAAAAGAUCGGAAAUUGAUUCAGCUCUAUUGGAUCGUUUAAUGAAUGAUGAUUUGCUUCUACGACGGUACAUUAAAAGGAGGAAUGGUGAUCCUGAGACGAGUGUUACCUUUAUAAGUUCUGUUCUUGAAUGGAGGAAACGUAUGGGUUUACCGGACUUAACGGAAACAUCAUUUCCAAGUGAAUUUUAUGAAGUCGGAGGAAUCUACAAUUAUGGUACAGACACACAGGGUAAUCCAGUGGUACACAUUCGUAUCCGAUUGUUUCAAAAGAUUGAGGGUAUCUUGGAUAUACUGAAGAAAUUUUCAAUCUAUCAGAUGUAUCGAGCUGAUGAAUUAGCUGCUUCCAAGGGACCUGAGUAUGGUUGGGUUUUAGUAUUUGAUUGUACCGAUGCUUCCAUUGCCAAUGCUGAUAUUGAUAUGGCUAAUUUUGUCAGUUCAACUUUACGUAAUUAUUUUCCCUCUGGUCAAAAAUAUACUCUUGUCCAUCGACUUCCUUGGUUAUUAUCAGCAGUUAAAACGUUGGUCUAUACUAUGUUACCUGGUUAUGUGAAGAAAAAGAUUCGCUUUUGUGAUGAAAAGAGUUUAAAUGAACACAUUGAUAAAGAAAAUUUACCUGAUUAUCUCGGGGGGUCUGGUAAAACAAACGAUUACAGAGUUUUCCCAGAUGGCUUAUCAACUACCCGAGAUUUGACUACUAAAGGAAUAUUAACGAUGUCCGAAGAUCAAUUGGUUAAAACAAAUCAAUAUUAUGAUAAAUUGAGACAAUUUCUUUACCCAGUCACCGAGGAAUCAACUAAAUAAUUGUUGUUUUCAUAUUAAAUCAGAAAUUUAUUGUGAAAAUGUUUACCAUUCAAUUAAAGUUAGAACAGUUUUGUACCUUAAA